AUGGCACAAAAGGAGGCAAUCGAAGGAUUAUCAUGUCCAACCAAAAUCCCACAUUGGCGACUAGUUUGGGACCAAAGCCUUGUCACAGCAGAUGUGCGAGAUUAUCCCUAUCCCGGAUCAGGCACCGAGGACGAUCCCUAUUGCGUGUCUUGGAUACCAAACGAUCCCCGAGAUCCAAUGAAUUUCACCAACUCCAAAAAGUGGCUCAUCACUGGCCUCGUCGCAUCGUCAACUUUGGGUGUCGCCCUCGUCUCUUCUGCCUUUACCGGAGGUUCUUCCGCAAUUAUGGCAGAGUACGAUGUGAGUCAUGAGGUCGUAACACUGGGUGUGUCAUUAUUUGUGCUUGGUUUUGCCAUUGGGCCGCUCCUCUGGGCUCCACUGAGUGAAGUGUUUGGUCGCCAAAAAUUUUUCAUCACGACGUACGGCGCCAUGUCCUUCUUUAAUGCUGCCGUGACAGGUUCACAAAAUAUACAAACAAUUUUGGUCCUCCGUUUCUUUGCCGGAGCAUUUGGCGCGUCCCCAUUGACCAACGCGGGUGGUGUUAUCGCUGACAUGUUUGCGCCGUCGCAGCGCGGCCUUGCCAUGGCUCUCUUUGCAUCUGCGCCCUUCCUAGGCCCCGUUAUUGGCCCUCUUGUUGGUGGAUUCCUCGGCAUGACUGCGGGCUGGAGAUGGGUGCUUGGUUUUCUCGCCACUUUCUCCGGAGUUCUGUGGAUAGUGGGCUCAACCCUGAUUCCCGAAACGUAUGCCCCGGUCCUUUUACGACGACGGGCAAAAGUGUUGUCGAAAAUAACCGGAAUGGCUUACAGGAGUAACCUUGAUAUCGAUAGGGCUCCGGUUCAGCUCCGUGCAGCAUUCGCAACAGCCUUGUCACGCCCCUGGAAACUGCUGUUCCGAGAGCCAAUUGUCUUUUUGCUUUCAAUGUAUAUGGCGAUCAUUUAUGGCACCCUAUAUAUGCUCUUUGGGGCAUUCCCCAUUGUCUAUGAACAACACAGAGGCUGGAACCAGGGCAUCGGGGGCUUGUCGUUUCUUGGGGUACUUGUAGGCAUGCUUUUUGCCCUCGUCUACACCGUUCCCGAUAACAAGCGAUACAUUAAGGCCAUAUUGAAGAAUGAUGGCCGAGCAAUCCCUGAAGCCCGCCUCCCUCCCUCUAUUCUCGGUGGAAUUGCUAUUCCUGUGGGCCUUUUCUGGUUCGCUUGGACAAACUCGCCAUCACUCCCCUUUAUGGCGAGUAUCGCAGGUGGUGUGCCAUUUGGAUUUGGCAUGGUUCUCGUCUUUUUGAGUGUGUUGAAUUAUCUUAUCGAUGCAUAUACGAUCUACGCAGCUUCGGUCCUUGCAGCAAGCGCUGUAGUUCGCUCUCUAUUCGGUGCGGCAUUUCCCCUGUUUACGACUCAAAUGUUCCAAAACCUUGGCAUACAUUGGGCUUCAUGUAUCCCGGCUUUUCUUUCACUUGCCUGUGUACCAUUCCCUUUCAUCUGUUACCAGUAUGGCAAGGAGAUUCGUCGGCGCUGUAAAUAUGCUGCAGAGGCAGAUGACUUCAUGCGCAAACUGUCUGAGAAGAGUAAAGAGGAAGUGCCCGAAAUCAACGGUCAGAUAGAUGAUUCAAACCCAGAGGCUCAUGUCGCCAGACCAGAGUCCCCGCCCCCAAUUCUAUCAAGAAGGUCGCUACAUCUCGUCCCUACAGUGGAAUAUGAAGGGAACCCCUUCGACAUUGAUCGCGUCAACACUCGUGACUAG